UAUCAUCAGAACCCAAUUUCAUAUCAGUGUAUAAAACACCGUACGUCGGGUGUAGUGGUCCAAAUUGUUAAAGUGUAAGAAUCUUUGAUAAGUGAACUGUUUCGCACGUUUGUUAGGAAUUCUUCAAAUUGUUGGAUCCACCCUCCAUAGGGGAAAUGCACCACAACGUAGGCAUUCUUCUUUCCUUACUGUUCCUGCUAGUGCAGAAGUCAACUACAACAUGCGUUGUUGAAAGAAACGGAUGGUCUGGAUGUACCGCCACCUGCACGAGUUUGGAACAAAUUGGUUACUACUUGUGCGACACAACUGUGAAAUUGUCAAUAGAGAAUACGACAAUCCCAAAACUUAAAGAAACCACAAUUCCAAAAAGUAAAUCUUCACUGCGGCAACUCUCUCUAAGGAACUGUCAGCUGGAAGCAAUUGCUAACAAUGCCUUUGAAAGAAUGCAAGCAUUGCGACAACUGAAUUUGCAAGAGAACAAAAUCACGGCCGCCGGAUUCCUCGACAAGAAACUUCCAUUGCAAGUAUUAAAUUUGAACUUCAAUAACUUGAGGAGUAUUUCCGUAGAUGGAAAUUUACUCGGACAAUUGGAAGAGCUUUACGCGAGCAACAAUGAUCUUCAGAAGGUCAAAAUAUCCUCAAUGAGACUUCGAGUGUUAGAUCUUUCAUAUAACAGACUCCUCAGUGAUGACAACUUAAAUUUCACAAACGUAACGACUCAGCUGAACGUUCUCAAUUUAAGCUCUAAUCCCCUGACUACAUUGAGGUCGCACUCGUUCGUUUAUUUGAGAGGAUUGUCGCAGUUGUACCUGAAAAACUGCAGCCUUCAAAGUGUGGAAUCUGAAGCUUUUCGUGGAUUGGAUAACUUGAACGUGUUAAGAUUGAGCGACAAUCUUCUAAGGGUGCUACCCCAGUAUGUAUUUGUGGAGUUGUCUCGCCUUCGAGAGCUCCACCUUGACAAUAAUCACCUGUAUACGUUGCAGGCGGGCGAUUUUAAAGGACUUGGCGCGUUGGGGUUCCUAAAUUUGUCCAACAACCAAAUUGAAGCGCUUGACAAAGAUGUAUUUCAAGGGCUGGCAGGUUUGGAUACACUCAUUUUGGCUAAUUCCAAAUUGAAACGGGUCGGGGUCGGGGUGUUUCCCUCGACAAGUAAUUUGAAUUUGGCGAACAACAGUUUGGAGGUGUUGACAAUUGACGUUUUCAGUGCGGUAACUGGAACAAUCGAUUUGCAGUUUAAUCCGAUCAAAAGCUUUGGAGAGGGAACAGCUUCAAGUGAGUUAAACGCAAGGGCCGUCGAUUUGGUGGGUGUCGACUUUCAGUAGUUCAGAGGUGGUCUCAGUAGGUUUAGUGGGGUUCGAUGUUUAAAUCUGUCCCAUACAAACUUAAGACAAAUCGCAUCUGACGAUUUCGCCAAGUUGGUGAAUUUAAACGACCUAAACCUGAGCCAUAACAGUUUGUCAGUGAUUGUGGAAGAUUCCUUCCGAGACCUGAGUGGUUUGGGCAGUUUGUGGAUUCGGAAUAAUUCGAUCCAUGAAAUACGGGUUGGAGCAUUUAAUGGCCUGCAAAAUUUGGGGAUUUUGGAUUUGUCUCAAAAUUAUAUUAAAUACUUGUCGCGAGGAAUACUUUCGGGUUUGCAGCGAUUGAACGCUUUAGUCCUUGCACAGUCGCACGUAGCGAGCAUUGAACCUCAAGCUUUUCAAGGUUUAGGGCAGUUGGCGACCUUAGACCUUAGUCACAAUAAGUUAGUCGUCUUGAAAGCUAAUGUGUUCGUUGGAGCGACAGGGCUCAACAGUUUAGAUCUCAGUAGAAACUUCGUCCAGGAAAUUGCGUUGGGUUCCUUUGCAGACUUGCAGCAGCUGUCAUUUCUGGAUCUAUCCUUUAACAAUCUAAAAGAUCUUGACUCGGAUAUGUUUAAAGGCUUAAAUCUGCUACAAACUCUUAAGUUAAUCGGAGUAACCUCCCAAGAACGCACGACGAUUAAAGCAGGAUCGUUUAGUGAUCUACCAGGGCUUACAGCAAUAGACUUGCGCCAAAAUCGUUUCAAGCUUAUAGAAGGUGGUGCCUUCUCCAAACUGGACAAUUUGAAAGAAGUGGACUUUAAUAAAACCACUGUCACGGCCAUUCAAAGUUUUGCAUUCCAAGACAUCAGGUACAUCAGAUACUUGAACCUUUCGGGUUUACUUAUUAAACUCCUAGAACCGAACGCAUUCAGUUCAAUGGACAGAUUGGUCACAUUGGAUUUAAGCAACAACAGCUUUACUAAAAUUAAGGGUACUUACUUCAACAACCUUCCUGAACUGAGAACCGUUUAUUUACGCAAUAUUCAGCUGGAGGCCGUAGAAUUUGGCGCUUUCUCUCACUUGGACAAUCUCAAUUCCUUCGACUUUAAUGGAACUUCAAUUGAAACGAUCCAAGGCGAGGCCUUUACCGGGGUCAACUCGUAUAGCUCCUUUAACUUGUCAAACUUAAACAUCAAGCACAUCCACCCUGACGCCUUUACCAAUAUCGCGGUAUGUUACGAAAUGAAUCUCAGCCACAACCUCUUAAAAGUCAUACAUAGAGGCACCUUCGGAAUAGACAAGCUUAACAAGUUGGACCUCAGCUUCAAUGAAAUUGAGGAACUAAAGGCUGGCACGUUUGACGGUUUCGGUUUCCGUACGUUGGGCAGUCUAAGCUUAAAAGGCAACCGACUGCGCCAUCUCCCAUUUGGCGCGUUUUCAGGUAUCCUAGGCAUCCAGGUAAUUUCACUAGCAGAGAACCUCAUCCAUAAAAUGGAACCGGGCGCGUUUAACGGUACGCUAAUGCAACCGGAUGGCGAAAUCGUUUUGAAUUACAACAAACUGAGGGUGUUGCACAAAGACACCUUUUUGGGCAUUCAGAAUUUGCAAAACCUGAACAUUACGCACAACAAGCUAAACGAGAUUAAAUCGCACGCUUUCAACGGGCUGGACUCCUUGAAAACGUUGGAUCUGUCAAACAACAUGUUACACGCCUUCGAGUUGCAAUCGUUUGCAGGUUUAACCAAAGUGGAAAGUUUGGUAUUGGCAAGUAACGCUUUUAGAAGUUUUCAAUUUGGAACAUUUUCUCACACGUCCACCCUGACGUACCUUGACAUAUCGAAUAAUAACAUCGCCCACAUCGACGAAGGUGUUUUUUAUCCUCUACGAAACCUGGUGCGAUUAAAUCUGGAAGGCAAUCGCAUGAAACACCUCGACUACGACGUUUUUCUGAGCUACCACGCACGUCUGUCGAAAUUCAAUUUGAAUCGCAAUCUGUGGCGGGGAUGCAAUUGGUUGGCGAAGCUAUUAAACGCAUUGAGGGUUCGAGAGGUGGAUUAUUCUGAAAAAUCCCGUAAUUACGUGGGUCUAAAUGUAGAUGGUAUUACUUGUUACGAGCGGUAGGGUGCGUUUCCUUCCCGAGAAGAGAAGAUGAACAACCCUAUGGAAAGGAUUUGAUACUCCAGUUUUAUAUGUAAUUUUUUUUUAAAUAAAGCAUUUCGAUGUUCUAUUUA